AGUGUGUGCAUGUCUUAUCUCCUCAGUUGGCCCGGAUGUCCCUCAGAUAGACGUGACUCCGUACAGUAUAACAGAACGGGGAUAUUCAGCCCUGGAGAGAGAGACUGUCUCUUUACUGUGUCAAGCCCAGUCCAACCCGGCCAGUCAGUACGUCUGGUUCUACAACAACUCCCAGGUCUACACUGGGCCGCAGUUAACCAUCACUAAGAUCCUACGCAUGCACACUGGCGACUACGCCUGCUUGGCACAGAACAACUACCUCAACACCCGCUCCAGAAAAACCAUCAGCCUGACCGUCUACUACCCACCCGAUGGCUCCCCCUCCUGUUCUGUUGAAGCAGCUCUGAAUUAUACCGCUUUGAGACUCCUCUGUUCUUGGCCCGGCGGAUUACCCUCCCCCUCUCUCCACUGGACCGGUCUCGGGAACCAAGUGGGCCAAGACGAGGCUGGCACAGGGCAGCAAACAAAUCCAAUGACCAGCACUGCCGUCUUGCUGCCAUCUGAAGGCCUCAACUCCAACAGCUUGUUUACUUGCCUGGGCUCCCACCUGGCCCUCAAACAACCAACAGAGUGCAGCACACGCACAUAUAUUCCUCCUGCAGAGCCGGAGUGUUUUGCCUAUGUGACUAACAAUAAACAGUAUCUGAUGCUGUCCUGCUCCUGGGAUGGAGGGGCCCCCAAAGCCUUGGUGUGGUGGGAGGGCCCAGAUGGCCAGGCCAAAGGUGGAGAAGAAAACUCCAACAUACUGAUCCUUCGCUACGGCACCGCCCGCAGCGGAAAACCCUACACCUGCCAUGCUAAGCAUCCACUUCUGGUCCAAACCAAAACCUGCAGGCUGACACUGGAGGCUCCUGUAUUGCUGACACAGCGCAGAAUUGUGUCUGUAUACGAGGGGAGUGACGUUCAGCUCACCUGCAACCUGAGAUCCAACUACCUUCCUGCCAGUGAAAUCACCUGGUUUAACAAUCAGGGUGUGGGCGUCCUAGACACCUCAAAGUACGCACUGCUGCAAACAUCUGCCUGGGCCAAUCUGACUGUAAAAGACACAGAUGAGACUCAAGACAGUGGCGAGUACAGAUGCACCACUUCCAACGCAGUGGGAGGAACUGAAAUUAAUGUCACUUUAGUGAUCAAGAGGUACCCCAUGCCACCCAAUGUGACCCUGGUCAAAGUGAUGUACAACAGCCGACAGCGUAACGAGGUGGAGCUGGAGUGGCAGGUACAGAACGAAGGAGGAGGAGGAUGGACAGGUUUCAUCCUGCAGCACAUAUGGGUGUCAGAGCGACCCGGAAAGAGAGGCAGCAACAAUGAUUCAAAACAAGAGACGGAGGAGAGGAUGGGUCCACCAGACUGGUACCCUAUUAUCAUCCAGGACCCAGAAGUCAGGAUCUACACAGUAGGG